CGCUCGCCCGCCGCCAUCGCCGCCAUGGCCUGCGGCACCUCGGCCGCCGAGUGCCUGCGAGAGUGGGAGGAGCUGCAGGACGGCUACCAGCGCAUCCAGGAUAAUCACAAGCUGUACAAGCAGAAACUCGAGGAGCUAACGAAACUCCAGGAUGGGAUCUCGAGCUCCAUCGCACGGCAGAAGAAGCGGCUGAAAGAGCUGUCAUUGUCCCUCAAAAAAUGCAAAGCCCACGUGAGUCCUGAACAGGAGGAGUCCAUCCAAGAGACCCAGAACCUAAUAAAAGAGAGGCAGAACGUUUUCUUCGAGAUGGAGGCCUAUCUGCCAAAGAAGAACGGGUUGUACCUGAGUCUGGUGCUCGGGAACGUGAAUGUCACGCUGCUCAGCAAGCAGGCCAAGUUUGCAUAUAAAGAUGAGUACGAGAAGUUCAAGCUCUACCUCACCAUCAUCUUACUCAUUGUCUCCUUCUCCUGUCGGUUCCUUCUCAACUCCAGGGUGACAGAUGCCGUCUUUAACUUCCUCCUGGUGUGGUACUACUGCACCCUCACCAUCCGGGAGAGCAUCUUGAUCAACAAUGGAUCCAAAAUCAAAGGCUGGUGGGUUUUCCAUCACUACGUCUCCACUUUCCUCUCAGGUGUCAUGCUGACAUGGCCGGACGGGCUCAUGUACCAGAUGUUCAGGAACCAGUUCCUCUCCUUCUCCAUGUACCAGAGUUUUGUGCAGUUCCUCCAGUACUACUAUCAGAGCGGGUGCUUGUAUCGGCUGCGAGCGCUGGGCGAGAGGCACAACAUGGAUCUGACUGUGGAGGGCUUCCAGUCCUGGAUGUGGAGAGGCCUCACGUUCCUGCUUCCCUUCCUCUUCUUUGGGCAGUUCUGGCAGCUCUACAACGCUGUGACCCUCUUCCGCAUGAUCCAGCACCCGGAAUGCAAGGAGUGGCAGGUAAGGGGGCUCCCAGGCAGUUGCGCUGGGGAGGGGGAUGCCCCAGGCAGGUUCCCUCCUGCUGACUUGUGCCUCUGCGGCUCCUGCAGGUCCUCAUGUGCGGCCUCCCCUUCUUCAUCCUCUUCCUGGGGAACUUCUUCACCACCCUCCGUGUCGUCCACCAGAAGUUUCAGAACAAGAACAAAGACACGAAGCGGAAUUGAAGCGGGGGCAGCGUGGGGGUCAGGACUGUUUCUCCCCCCCAGCUCCUUCUCCCAUCCCCAUCUUCUCGAUGCCGUCCGGACUCUGGUGUCUCGCCCCAUUCCUUGGAAGCCUGGGUGUGGGACAGAGCUUGGGGCCUGCUCGUGAAUAGACCGCGUGUUCACUGCGGUGCUGGAUCCGUGCCCGAGUCACUCACCUGGAGUCAGGAGCAUCCUGCAACUCCUGUCCCGUCUGCCUUCCUCCUCCAGGAGAGCAGGGUGCCUGGGGCAGCUGCUCCCCUCCCCUCUGCCCUGAAGACAUUUACUGGGAUGGUUCUCUGGGGUCAAGCCCAGCUCUGCUAGCACUCCCCACCCCACUGCAGGCAGGGGGCAGCCCGGGGUGCCUGGCUUGCAUCAACUCCCUUGGGACAAGGCAGGGUCCAGGGCUGAUGGCUGCCUCCCACAGCUCCUGGGUGGCCAAAGCUCUCCCCCUUCUCUCCCCAGCCCUGCAGCCAGGGCAGCUCCUGCAUGUUGAAGGCAGAUGUUAAAAAGGCCCUCACAUCUCAUCGGCUGCAAGUAAUCACUUCCCUGGCUGCCCUGGCAGCCCUCUUUGCUUUCAAGUGCAGCUGGAGGCUGUGCAGAAGCACUGCCUUCCAGGGUGUAUCGUACCCCAGUUCCUCCUUUACCUUCAAGCCAUAGGGCAGAGGAGCUGUGGGAGCACCACAAGUCUGAACCAGGCUUCGCACUGGAGCAGUGCAAACAGCACCCUGGUCUCACAUCUCUGGAGGAUGCGCACGUAAAAAUAAAGGGAAGGUGCUGCCUCGGGUUGCCAGGGUGGUCUCGGAACAGCUUGCAUCCUCUGAGUGGGCCCGACACUAUGUGUCAGGGGGAGGGAAUAAAAGCCAUCUCCAAGUGCCCCCCACAGCAGCCUGGGGUGCAGGGUGCAGUGGGGACAGGAGGGCAGUGCUGCAAGCUCCCUCCCGUGGCACCCCCUGACCCACACAGCCCCGUGCCACAGGCUGGGGCCAGAGCUUUGGCCAGCCAAUGAGCCAAGCAGAGCCCAGCAGGACUUCAGUGUCCCUGCAGACUAGGGGAAGAGAAGCCCUGUACUACCACUGGGAACACCUGAAGUGUUGGGAACCAAACAGCACGUCUAGCACAGCUGUGCCUCAGUCCAGAGCCAUCCACCACCCCCACCAGAUACCAUCCUCACUGCUCUGCCAGGGCUCAGCACCCCAGGGCAGGGGCUGCCCCAGCUCCAGCGCAGCCUAAACCAGGAGUUGCUGCCUGUUGCCCAGGUUUCCUCCUGGUUAGCAGCCCAUUGCUCCUCCUGCCUCCCUCUUCCCUCUGGCUGACUAGAGAGAGGGCAGGAAGCAAACUACAGAAACAGUAUUUUUAUUCCAAGGGCAAAUGUAUUUAAAUAAUUUACAGUCAUUGGACAGCCUGAAA